AUGGAUUUCAUAUCCUCUGAUGGAACAGGACUGUUGACAUUCAGGGAUGUGGCCAUAGAAUUCUCUCAACAGGACUGGGAAUGCCUGGACCCUGCUCAAAGGGCUUUGUACAGGGAUGUGAUGUUGGAGAACUACAGGAACCUGGUCUCCCUGGGAAUCUCUCCUUCUGAGAUGAAUAUUAUCUCUAUUUUGAAGAAAGACACAGAGCCCUGGACUGUGGAGAAGAAGAAAACAGCAAAAAAUCCAGGUAUGUGGGAAUAUAUCAAGAUGUGA